AAUGUACCCAUGAUGGUAUGACGGGCUUUUUUAAGUCAACCAGGCUCUGCUUUUCUUCGAUGAGCGUAGUAGUCGUCGUCGUCGUCUAGGGUUUGUUUUUCGUUUCUUCUCCGAUUGUUCAGAGGAAUUGCGAAUUAAGAUAAAGAUGAGGCCAGUGUUCGUCGGCAAUUUCGAGUAUGAAACUCGCCAGUCGGAUCUGGAACGGUUGUUCGACAAGUAUGGGAGAGUCGACCGAGUGGACAUGAAAUCUGGAUAUGCUUUUGUGUACUUUGAGGAUGAACGUGAUGCUGAAGACGCUAUUCGCAAACUCGACAAUUUUCCUUUUGGAUAUGAGAAACGCAGGUUAUCAGUUGAAUGGGCAAAGGGUGAACGUGGCAGGCCUCGUGGUGACGCGAAAGCCCCUUCAAAUCUGAAGCCUACAAAGACACUGUUUGUCAUUAACUUUGACCCCAUUAGAACAAAAGAGCACGACAUUGAAAAACACUUUGAGCCCUAUGGUAAGGUCACCAACGUGCGUAUCAGACGCAACUUCUCAUUUGUUCAGUUUGAAACACAAGAGGAUGCUACAAAAGCCCUUGAAGCUACUCAAAGAAGCAAAAUAUUGGAUAGGGUUGUUUCCGUGGAGUAUGCGUUGAAAGAUGACGAUGAAAGAGAUGAUCGAAAUGGUGGUCGUAGCCCGAGAAGGUCUCUUAGUCCUGUGUAUCGUAGGCGUCCAAGUCCAGAUUAUGGCAGGCGUCCAAGCCCUGGUCAGGGUAGGCGUCCAAGUCCAGAUUAUGGUCGUGCUCGAAGCCCAGAAUACGACAGAUACAAAGGUCCAGCAGCUUAUGAAAGACGGAGGAGUCCAGAUUAUGGACGAAGGAGUUCUGAUUAUGGUAGACAAAGGAGCCCUGGUUAUGACCGAUACAGAAGUCGUUCUCCAGUCCCAAGAGGAAGACCUUGAUCAAUGCAGAAAACAGAAGCUUCGAAGAAUGAGUUUUUCGAAAGGGUAAAUUUAUCUAUGUUGUGUUUUGAGUUAGAAGAUGCUUUUUGAUGUUUUGAAAUCCUUGUUAACUUUGGGAUCUUAGACUUUUAUCUUAAAAUCAGUAGAAACUUCAUAAUGGCGCUUUGUCACGAUCUGUUACUUGGUUCAUAUACUCUUUUCAUUCGUCAUUAAUUAUUCUAAAUCCCAUAUAAAUUAACAAUGACACAAGUUUGCCAGAAA